AUGCUAAAGAGGAAAAACAACUGCAACGUCACUGUAAGAGAGGAAAGCGCGCGCGCAGACGAAGGAUUGGCAGAAGGGUUUGGAGAGACCGACGAAAUAUCCUACGAAAAGCCUGCAUACUCAUACGCCACACUAAUUACGCAAGCGAUUAUCGACAGCAGAGAGAAGAAGCUGACGCUGCGUGCAAUAUACUCGUGGAUUAUGAGCAAGUAUCCGUACUUUCGCAGACAGAGGGGGGGCUGGCAAAACUCAAUUAGGCAUAAUCUUUCAUUGAAUAAAUGCUUCUAUAAGAUACCCCGCACACACAACGAUCCGGGAAAGGGCUCGUACUGGACUGUGGACUCUGAGUAUUUGAAUGUGUUUAACCCAAACAUAAAGCAGCGGAAGACUUACGACGUAAACUACAGAGAGAGCGAGAGCGAGAGCAAGCACAAAAAAUACCAGGACGCGGAAAAGUCUUCCUUUUCCGAAAUUCUCAGCAAUGAGAAGAACUUCUUUGACUCAAUUGGCGUCUCAGACAAACACGUUUUCAGCAAGUCCUACGACUCUUUGAUUUUCGACGGAAAUCUUAGAGACCUCGACGGAGACAGCUUUGAGAAGCUUCUUUCCCGAGGCGACGAUGCGAUUCAAGGAAGCACAUCUGAUUACUUUAAAUUUUCAAAGUAA